AUGGACGCACCCGCCGUGGACGGCGCCAGCAACGAGCGCAAGAGCACCCGGUCCAAGAGCAUCACGCACUCGCAGCUCGUCAAGGCCAUCUCGGAGCUCGAGCUGGACUCUGGAGACAUUUCUGCCAGCAGGAUGGCGGCGCUUGCCUCGCCUUGCUUUUUCCACAAGAAGUUUGACAAGGCAGUCAACCUGGGCAAGGUGCUCGAGGAGAUGUCCGAAGACGAGACGAUUUCGCACUCGAGGCUCAUGCAGACGGCAUGCAGCGUCCGCGAAGUCUCCAAGCAGCUCCAGCGACGGCCCAUCAAGAUGACAGUGCGCAACGUCAUGAUCGUCACAAAGGCCCGGGACAACAACCUUGUAUACCUGACGCGCGAACUGACCGAGUGGCUCAUGAUCACGUCGCGUUACGGCUCCGACGUGGGAGUGAACGUAUACGUUGACCACAAGCUGCAGAAGUCGAAGCGCUUCGAUGCUGCCUCUCUGCUGGCAAAAGACCCGCGCUACAAAAACAUGCUGCGCUGGUGGACUCCUGAUCUCUGCUGGGAAACGCCCGAGAUCUUCGACCUCGUCCUUACCCUCGGCGGUGACGGCACUGUCCUCUUCACUUCGUGGCUUUUCCAGCGCAUCGUGCCCCCGAUUCUGUCCUUCUCGCUCGGCAGUCUUGGUUUCCUUACCAAUUUCGAGUUUGCGCAGUAUCGCCCCGCGCUAGAUAAGAUCAUGUGCGAAACGGGUAUGCGGGUCAAUCUCCGCAUGCGCUUCACCUGCACUGUAUACCGCUACCAGAAGAACGCCGCCCAAGGAUCGCCUCAACAUGUUGAAGCCGAGCAGUUUGAGGUGCUCAACGAGCUCGUCAUUGACCGCGGCCCAUCGCCCUACGUCUCCAACUUGGAACUGUACGGCGACAACAACCUGCUCACUGUUGUGCAGGCAGACGGCUGCAUCUUCUCCACGCCUACCGGCUCGACUGCCUAUUCGCUGUCAGCAGGCGGCUCGCUAGUCCACCCCGAUAUCCCUGCCAUUCUUCUGACCCCCAUCUGUCCUCACACUCUGUCCUUCCGCCCCAUGCUUCUCAACGACAGCAUGCUCCUGCGCAUCGCGGUACCCCUCAAGUCGCGCGCAACUGCAUACUGCGCCUUUGACGGCAAGGGCCGCGUCGAGCUCCGCCAGGGCGACCACGUCACCAUCGCAGCCUCGCAAUAUCCGUUCCCUACUGUGCUCUCCCAGCCCACCGAGUGGUUCGACAGCAUCAGUCGCACCCUGCGAUGGAACUCGCGCGGUGCAACGCAGAAAGCAUGGGAUGGCGACGAAGAGGACGAAGACGAGGAAAAGGAACCAGAUUUCGACAUCGACUUUGACAAUGACGACGUUGAUCGCGAUUCUGGAUACAGUGCUGAUGGCAGCACGGUAGAUGGUAGGGGAAGCCCCAUCAGAAAGGGCGUGGUGUUGCCUUUUAUGUAA